GAUUUAAAUCCCGUUACCGCGCGCGCGAUGGAGAUUCUACCGCAACUUUUUAGCUUUGCUCCAAAUGUUUUGAAAUCAGUUAAAACAAGCGAAUAUCGGAAACUGUACCGCGAUGUGAUAAUAAAAGUCACCAAACCAAUAAUUGAUGAAGUGAUAAAUGUGGAAGAUGUUGCUGAAAACGCAAACGAUUUUCGGCAUAAUUUAAUCCGGAUAGGAAUAAGCUACGACCUGGUGCACAGUUGUCUGCACACCGGAGAAUGGCACGCAGUUCCGGCAGAACAACGAGAAGUUUUCACUCUGCUAAGCUUCUUGAGGAUUCUUUACAUGCUAAUUUGUGGAAAAGGUCGACCUGAAACGGUGAACGAUGCUAUUUAUGUUGCCGACAUGGGUCUCAUGCUUGGUGCCAAAGUUCUCGUUGAACAUGAAGGCAUGGAGCUGGAUUUGCUGGCCGAGGUUGUCUCAAUACUUACCAAAGCAAACAAACUCGGUUUAAGUUCAGAGCCACCUCUCAAGCGACUUAAAGUCGAUAUCGAUGAUUCUCAAAAAGCAGUAUGUGAAGCCCCAAUCCUUAAUCAGCCAACACUCGAGUACUUUGGCACCCACCACUACGACAGGCGCGAACCGGCCCUACUCGAGGGCAUCAUCGAAGACUGGCCGGCGCUGGAGCGGUGGCACGACCCCAAUUAUCUGAUCGCUGCGGCCGGUGAGCGAACGGUUCCGGUGGAAGUCGGCUCCCAGUACAGUAGUGACGAUUGGUCCCAGCGGCUGGUUAAGUUUAAGGAUUUCAUCGCGCAACAUUUGAUGGAAGAAAGUGCAGCUCGAAACGUUGACAAUGAGCAAGAUCGGGCGUACUUGGCGCAACAUGAACUGUUCGACCAGAUACCGACGCUGAGGGAGGACAUCCGGGUGCCGGAUUAUAUCGGACGGACCGAUACGAAUCCGCGGAUCAAGGCAUGGUUAGGGCCGAAGGGAACGGUUUCGCCGCUGCACACCGAUCCGGGGCAUAAUUUGCUGUGUCAGGUGUUUGGCAGUAAAACAAUCAUCCUUGCGCCGCCGGACAGCACGCCGAACUUGUACCCGCACGAACACUUUAUCCUCAACAACACCUCCCAGAUAGUGGACGCCAAGGCGAUCGACUACGAGCGGUUCCCGCGGGCCAGGGAUGUCCGGUUCCGACGGUUGGAGCUACGCCGGGGUCAGGUUCUGUACAUUCCCCCUGGUUGGUGGCACUACGUGGAAUCGCUUGCGCCGAGCUUUUCCGUUAGUUUUUGGUUUGAUUAAAAGUUGUUGAGGUUGAAA